AUGUCUAGCUUAAAAGGACCUUCACGGACCCCCAAAUCACAACUUUCGGCCAGUAUGGAACACAUUCGAUAUGCUGUUACCGCUGAUCCCCUACCUCACCAACCCUUCACCUCCAGCUCCAGCAAGCCAGACCCGAAUCAAAAACGAACUGACCCCUUCCAAUUCGGCACCCGCGUGCUUCUUCCCAGUGACGACCCUUUUGCGUAUAAUGCCUGGGACCACGCCGUACCAGACGCUGAAUACGCCUUGUUCGCCUUGGCACAAUAUGAGUUCCAGCGCUCUGCACCGGUCACGCCGUUUGACAAAAUGCGAUUCAACGCACAGCCCGAAAGAUUCUGGAACGCAUUCUACGGGAAUAACACGAGUAAUUUCUUCAAGGAUCGCAAGUGGCUAGCGCAAGAGUUCCCAGUGCUAAAUGCGAUUACAAGCGAGGGUGCAGAAUCUGCAGCACUGUUGGAGGUUGGUGCCGGGGUUGGAAAUACAGCGUUUCCAGUGCUUGCUCUGAAUAGGAAUCCCAGGUUGAGGAUUCAUGCAGUAGAUUUCAGCGUCAAGGCGGUUGAGCUGAUGCGGGCGAAUGAGAACUACGUCGAGCCGAUGAUUCGCGCCGAUGUGUGGGAUGCGACGAGUGAUAUGCUGCCGCCAGGAGUGUGCGAAGGGAGUAUAGAUGUGGUCAUUAUGGUUUUCGUAUUCAGUGCGCUGGCACCAAAGCAGUGGGAGGCGUGUGUGAGGAACAUCUGGAGAGUCCUGAAGCCGGGUGGCUGUGUGCUGUUUCGCGAUUAUGGUCGAGGUGAUUUAGCGCAAGUGCGAUUCAAGAAGGGGAGAUAUCUGGAGGAGAACUUUUACAUCAGGGGGGAUGGAACGAGGGUUUAUUUUUUUGAGAGGGAAGAAUUACGGAACAUAUGGUUGGGAAGGAUGUUCAAGAAUGGCAAUGAUGAGAAAGAAGUCCAUGUAGACAAUAGGGAAGAGCUCGACGAGAGGGACACUGGGAUUGAGGAAAGUCUUGACACACUCAGCGUGAGUAUGAGAGCAGUCAUGUCCGAACCGUCGCCAGCCUUCGAAGUCGUCAAGCUGGGCGUCGAUCGACGAAUGCUCGUUAACCGGCAACGCAAGAUAAAGAUGUACCGAUGCUGGAUGCAAGCAGUGUUCAAGAAGCCCGGUCCGACAUCCCUUCUCGAUCAGUUAUCUACAGACGCCAUUUCACGUCAAAACAUAGGCGACAUUAUGCCUCCAGAAGCAAUGGACGAGGUAACAGUUAGAGCAAUUCCCUAA